GGGAAGUAGUGAAGUGAGGACCAAAAUCGAGAGAAUGAGAAUGUGACAGUCAUCGCGUUCGUUCUUGACUUUUGAGGAUGAUGAGGUGAGAGGUUUUUGGUUCUUCUCCACCUGACCGACAACCUCUGCAAUGGAUCAAUGCUUCAGGGGGGGCUCUUCUGCUGGAUUUCUGCUUGGUUCUCCUGGUUACUAGUUGUCGUACCAGCGUUCCUUACUAGCAUAGCUUCAUCGUCAGGGGAGAGCAAAUGAAAAUCCCAGAUUGCUAUUUGCAGGCCUUCCUCCCCUUUUCUAAAUAGCUGACAACACACGGUAAGUUGUUCCAAGCUCGACUGAUUUUACUCCUCCUUAAUGUCAACUUCUUCAGCGAUACCGCAAACUCAAACCCUGGGUGGCCCUUCCCGCUGUGGCCGCGUGCUGGGCCCCUCCUUGGACAAGAUCAUCAAGAACGUCGCCUGGCGGAAACACUCCCAGCUGGUCUCCGCUUGCAAAUCCGCUCUCGACAAGCUCGAAUCCCUCUCCGAUUCGUCCUCUGAUCCCGCUUCCUGCACCCCUCUCUACGGCAUUUCUUCCCCCCAAGACGCCGAUUUCGUCCUCAAACCCCUCAUUUUGGCCCUCGACACUGGGGCCCCCAAGGUUGUCGAGCCCGCACUCGACUGCGUUUCCAGGCUGUUUUCCUCUGGAUUCAUCCGCUGCGAGAUCGCCACCACCGAUGACGCCGCUGCCACCUCCCUCAUCUUCCGCCUCAUUGAUUCCGCCUGCAAGUGCACUUCUCUUGGCGACGAGGCCGUCGAGCUCGCCGUGCUCAGGCUUCUCCUUUCCGCUGUCCGCUCCCCCUGCGUCCUCAUCAGGGGCAAUUGCCUUGUGCACAUCGUCAGAUCCUGCUACAAUGUGUAUUUGGGCGGCUUCAACGGCACCAAUCAGAUCUGUGCCAAGUCUGUUCUUGCUCAGAUGAUGGUCAUUAUUUUCUCCAGGGUCGAGCACAAUUCUGCGAUCCUCCCCUCUUUUAGGACGGUUUCUGUAGCCCAACUCUUGGAGUUCACCGAUCGCAAUUUGAAUGAAGGGAGCUCCAUCCAGUUUGCUCAGAAUUUCAUUACUGACGUUGUGGAAGCUAAAGAAGUUCUUCCUCCGCCUCCCAUGCUACAUGGGAUUCCGUCCCCUGUAGAGAAGAAAUCUGAAUUUGAGUCUGAGUCUGAAUCUGCCAGUGGGCAGCAACCGGAUUAUGAUUUUAAUGGUUACAGUAAGAUCACGGAGGACGGAUUUAUGCUUUACAAGAACAUUUGCAAACUAUCCAUGAAGUUCUCAUCACAGGAGCAUCAGGAUGAUCAAAUUCUUUUGAGAGGCAAAAUAUUAUCGUUGGAGCUCCUAAAAGUCAUCAUGGACAAUGCUGGUCCUGUUUGGCGCACAAAUGAGAGAUUCCUCAAUGCUAUAAAGCAAUAUUUAUGCUUAUCACUGUUGAAGAACAGUGCUUUAUCAGUUAUGACGAUAUUCCAACUUCUUUGUUCUAUAUUUCAGAGUUUACUGUCAAAAUUUAGAUCAGGGCUAAAAUCAGAAAUUGGAAUUUUUUUUCCCAUGUUCAUCCUUCGUGUGCUGGAGAAUGUACUUCAACCCAGUUUCUUGCAAAAGAUGACCAUCCUGAGUUUGCUGGAGAGGAUUUCUCAGGAUUCGCAGCUUAUUGUUGAUAUCUUUGUCAAUUAUGAUUGUGAUUUGGAUGCCCCAAAUAUUUUUGAAAGGACUGUUAAUGGCCUUCUAAAAACGGCACUAGGUCCACCUCCUGGUUCUACUACCACUUUGUCUCCAGUUCAAGAUAUUACAUUUCGUCUUGAAUCUGUAAAAUGCUUGGUCAGAAUAAUCAAGUCAAUGGGAUUAUGGAUGGAUCAGCAGCUCAAAGUAGGAGAAUUAAAUUCAUCGAUGUCUGAGAAUGAAAUUUUGAGCGAGAAUUCUGCGACUGUUAGUGAAGAAGUAAAUCUUGCUGACAAUGAGCUUCAUUCUGAAGUAAAUUCUGAAUUCUCUGAUGCUGCUACCCUGGAGCAGCGUCGAGCUUAUAAGCUAGAGAUUCAGAAAGGUGUUUCACUGUUCAAUAGAAAACCUUCCAAGGGGAUUGAAUUCUUAUUAAGCACAAAAAAGGUUGGCAGUUCUCCAGAAGCAGUGGCUUCUUUCUUGAAGAAUACUUCUGGACUAAAUGAAACUAUGAUUGGUGACUAUUUGGGUGAAAGAGAGGAUUUUCCGCUAAAAGUCAUGCAUGCAUAUGUAGAUUCCUUUAACUUGGAAGGAAUGGAUUUUGGUGAAGCUAUCAGAUUUUUCUUACGAGGAUUUCGGUUACCUGGUGAAGCACAGAAGAUUGACCGCAUCAUGGAGAAAUUUGCUGAACGCUAUUGUAAAUGCAGCCCCAAUUCAUUUACCAGUGCAGAUACAGCUUAUGUUCUUGCUUAUUCUGUCAUAAUGCUUAAUACUGAUGCCCACAAUACCAUGGUAAAAGAUAAGAUGACAAAGGCUGAUUUCAUCCGGAAUAACCGAGGGAUCGAUGGUGGAAAGGAUUUACCGGAAGAAUAUUUGGGCAAGCUGUAUGAUCAAAUUGUAAAGAAUGAGAUCAAGAUGAAUGCAGAUUCUUCUGUGCCACAAAGCAAACAGGGGAAUGGCCUGAAUAGACUGCUAGGAUUAGAAAGCAUUCUAAAUCUAGUUUGGAAGCAGACUGAAGAAAAACCAAUGGGUGCAAAUGGAUAUCUUAUAAGGCACAUCCAAGAGCAGUUCAAGGCAAAAUCUGGAAAAUCAGAGUCCACAUAUUACGCUGUUUCAGAUCCAGCAAUAUUAAGGUUUAUGGUUGAAGUAUGUUGGGGUCCAAUGAUUGCUGCAUUCAGUGUAACUCUAGACCAGAGUGAUGACAAGGAAGCGACUUCUCAAUGCUUGCUGGGCUUCCGACAUGCCGUGCAUGUCACUGCUGUAAUGGGUAUGCAAACCCAAAGAGAUGCUUUUGUUACCACUGUGGCUAAGUUUACUUACCUUCACUGCGCCGCAGAUAUGAAGCAGAAGAAUGUUGAUGCUGUUAAGGCAAUAGUAUCAAUUGCCAUUGAAGAUGGUAAUUAUCUUCAAGAAUCUUGGGAGCAUAUCUUAACAUGCCUAUCUCGUUUUGAGCACUUGCAGCUCUUGGGGGAAGGCGCACCUUCUGAUGCCUCAUUUUUAACUACAGCAAAUGCUGAAACUGAUGAAAAGGCAUUGAAGUCUGCAGGUUUUCCAUCUCUGAAGAAAAAAGGCAAUCUCCAGAACCCUGCUGUGGUAGCUGUUGUUCGUGGGGGUUCCUAUGACAGUACCAGUUUAGUAGCCAAUUCGCCAGGGUUGGUAACCUCGGAACAGAUCAAUAACUUCAUUGCCAACUUGAAUCUGCUUGAUCAGAUCGGGAAUUUUGAGUUAAACCAUAUUUUUGCUCAUAGCCAAAGGUUAAAUAGUGAGGCUAUAGUGGCAUUUGUGAGGGCACUUUGCAAAGUUUCCAUGUCAGAGUUGCAAUCUCCAACAGAUCCUCGUGUAUUCAGUCUUACUAAAAUUGUUGAAGUUGCGCACUAUAACAUGAAUCGGAUCAGACUAGUCUGGUCUCGCAUUUGGACUGUUCUGUCUGAUUUUUUUGUAUCAGUUGGUUUGUCUGAAAAUCUCUCUGUUGCAAUAUUCGUCAUGGACUCGUUGCGACAGCUUUCAAUGAAAUUUUUGGAGCGAGAGGAACUGGCAAAUUAUAAUUUCCAGAAUGAAUUUUUGAAACCAUUUGUGAUUGUCAUGCAGAGGAGCAGCUCUGCAGAAAUUAGGGAGUUGAUAGUUCGGUGUAUUUCACAGAUGGUACUCAGCCGUGUCAGCAAUGUCAAAUCUGGUUGGAAAAGCGUUUUUAUGGUUUUUACUACUGCUGCAGCUGAUGAAAGAAAAAAUAUAGUCUUGCUGGCCUUUGAAACCAUGGAAAAGAUUGUUCGAGAAUAUUUUUCGUACAUAACUGAGACUGAGACACUGACUUUUACUGAUUGUGUUAAAUGCCUCAUCACCUUCACAAACAGUAGAUUUAACAGUGAUGUUAGCCUCAAUGCCAUUGCUUUUCUUCGAUUUUGUGCUGUCAAACUAGCAGAUGGAGGACUUGUUUGCAAUGAUGAAAGGACAGAAGAUGCUUCAUCCAUGGUAGUUAGAGAUGAUAAUGAUUCAGUUGGACGUAUAUUCACAGAUAAAGAUGAUCACGCAUUUUUCUGGCUUCCUUUGCUAUCAGGUUUAUCAGAACUGACUUCAGAUCCUAGAUCUGCUAUCAGGAAAAGUGCACUGGAAGUUCUCUUCAAUAUUCUGAAAGACCAUGGGAGUCUCUUUUCACGAGUAUUUUGGCUAAGUCUUUUCACUUCUGUUAUAUUUCCAAUAUUUAGUUCCCAACAUGAUAAGCAAAAAACACGCGUGAAAGAUGACAAGUCUUCUCCUAGUUCUAAAUCCUUACUACUUGAUGGAAGCACAUGGGACACAGAAACUUCUGCAUUGGCAGCUGAAUAUCUGGUAGACCUUUUUGUCAGUUUCUUUGUUGUCGUCAGGUCAGAAUUGAAGAGUGUAGUAUCAAUACUGGCUGCAUUUAUUAUGAGUCCUGUCCAAGGGCCUGCAAGAACCGGUGUUGCUACAUUGAGACGGUUGGUCAGUGAAUUAAGAGCCAGACUUACAGAAGAAGAGUGGCGAGAUGUCCUUUCGGCUUUGAAAGAGGCUGCUUCUUCCAGUCUUCCUGGAUUUCUAAAAUUGCUUAGUACCAUGGACAGCAUAAAGGUCCCUGAUCUGGCUGAAGACUAUGCUGACAUAGAAACAUCAUCUAGCCUUGGCUUGAUAAAUGAUGAGUCUGAAGAUGACAAUCUGCAAACCUCAACAUAUGUUGUUUCUAGGAUAAAGAGUCAUAUAACUGCACAGUUGCUCAUCAUACAGGUGGCAAGUGAUCUCUAUAAGUUGCAUUCACAACCUUUAUCUGCUGAUUCCAUGAUCAUUCUCAUUGAAGUAUUUUCUUCCGUUGCAACUCAUGCCCAUCAACUGAACUCCAACAAAGUCCUGCAGCUUAAGCUGCAGAGGGUGUGUUCUAUCCUUGAGGUCUCAGAUCCACCCAUGGUUCACUUUGAGAACGAGUCCUACCAGAAUUACCUAAAUUUUUUGUCUGAUUUGCUUGCCUGUAAUCCAUCUUUGUAUGGAGAAAAAAACAUGGAACAGGAACUUCUGGCUGUAUGUGAGAAAAUUCUACAGAUAUAUUUGGAGUGUGCUGGAGAAUCUGUUCAGAGUAAAGCAGCAAAUGCGCCAGUGCAUCAGUGGAAUCUUCCAUUGGGUUCAGCCAAGAAAGAAGAGUUGGCAGCCAGGACUCCGCUAGUUUUGUCUGUGUUUCGAAUUUUAAGUGGUUUGGAACGGGAUUGUUUUAGGAAGUACAUCCCUCGGUUGUUCCCGAUAUUGGUAAAUUUUGUCCGGAGUGAGCAUAGUUCAGGAGAAGUCCAGAAGGUAUUGAGUAGCAUUUUUGAGUCAUGUAUCGGACCAUUAAUAAUAACAUGUUGAAAUUAGAAUACAGUGUACAGCACACCUUCGACCUUGUGUAACUGGUCAAGUAUUACGAGCAAGUCUAGUUGCUGAAAAUGGUUGUGGAUAAAAUUUUGCUAGUGUAUGAGCAGGGCUCAGGUUCAGGUUGAUACUCUAUUGAUGAAUUAUUCGGAAAUGCAAAGACUAUUCUAGGGAAGUCAAAG